AUGCAGUUCCAUGAUGUGAUCUAUAAAAUUAAGAUUAGAAAGUGGGGAUCUCUGAAGAACACUACGGUAGAAGAUAAAGUAAUACUGAAUGGAGUGACAGGCAUGGUUCAACCUGGUGAAAUUCUUGCCAUGUUAGGUCCUUCUGGGAGUGGCAAAACAACUUUGCUAGCAGCAUUGGGAGGCAAGCUUGGAGGCAAACUCAAUGGAAGCAUAACAUACAAUGGCAAAGCCUUCUCAAAUGCAAUGAAGAGAAACACAGGUUUUGUGAUACAAGAUGAUAUUUUCUAUCCCCACUUGACUGUGACUGAAACUCUAGUGUUCACGGCCCUUCUCAGAUUGCCAAAAUGUUUCUCCAUAAAGGAGAAAAUUGUUCAUGCAAAAGCUGUGAUGGCUCAACUUGGUUUAACCAAGUGCAAGGACAGCAUCAUUGGAGGCCCAUUGUUGAGAGGGGUUUCUGGGGGGGAAAGAAAAAGGGUUAGCAUUGGACAAGAAUUGCUCAUAAACCCAAGCUUGUUGUUCCUGGAUGAGCCAACCUCUGGCCUAGACUCAACAACAGCUCAAAGAAUUGUCUCAACUUUGUGGGAGCUAGCAAAUGGAGGCAGAACUGUUGUGAUGACCAUACAUCAACCUUCAAGUAGGAUUUACUACAUGUUUCACAGAGUGUUACUGCUUUCAGAAGGGAACCUGCUAUAUUAUGGAAAAGGAUCUGAAGCUAUAGAAUAUUUUACUAAUAUUGGAUGUGCCCCUACCAUGGCCAUGAACCCCUCAGAUUUUCUUUUGGAUCUUGCUAAUGGUGUCUACACUGAUCAAUCGAAUGAGGACCGUGCCUUGAAUAAAAAUAAAUUGAUUUCUGCAUAUAGGAACUACUAUGAUGCCAAAUGGAAGCCAGAAAUUCAACAAAUUCCUGACUAUGAUAAAAGUCAGGGUAGAAUUGAAGACAUUGGCUUUGGGGAAUGGCCUACCAGUUGGUCACAGCAAUUUCUUGUACUGCUAAAAAGAGAUGUCAAAGAGAGAAAAUAUGCAUCAUUCUCUGGCCUCAGGGUUUGUCAGGUCCUUGUGGUUGCUCUUAUUACAGGAUUAGUAUGGUAUAAGUCUGAUAUUUCACACUUGCAGGAUCAGAUUGGGAUUCUAUUCUUCCUUACAAGCUUCUGGGGUAGCAUGCCUCUCUACCAAGCAAUAUUCACUUUCCCCCAAGAGCUAAUGAUGCUGGAGAAGGAACGAUCCUCUGGAAUGUACAAACUAUCUUCAUACUUCAUGUCAAGGAUGGUUGGUGACCUUCCGAUGGAGCUUGUGCUUCCCACCAUAUUCGUCACCAUAGUCUAUUGGAUGACAGGGUUGAAAAGCAAUGUGGUACACUUCUUGUACACCCUUCUCACUAUCUUACUCGAUGUGUUAGUUUCACAAGGGCUAGGCCUUGCCAUUGGAGCUAUUGUAAUGGACCAGAAAUCCGCAACCACAGUGGCCGCAGUCAUUGUGCUAACUUCUGUUCUAGUUAGUGGAUACUAUAUUCAACAUGUGCCAAAAUUUGUAGCAUGGUUCAAGUAUUUCUCCAUCAACUACUAUAUAUACCAUCUCUUGAUGGGGUCUCACUAUGAGUCAAGUGACACAUACCCUUGUUCUGAUGGACAGUGUUUGGUUGCAGAAUAUCCUUUGAUUGAGCAAAUGGGGCUACAUUUGAAAGGGAAAGUCAUGUCUGCAUUGGCUCUAUUCAUAAUGCUGAUAGGCUACAGACUUGUGGCUUAUUUUGCUCUGAUGAGAAUUGGGAUGACAAAGAAAUUGGGGUAG